UCAGAGAUGGCUGAAGAUGGGAGCGAAGAGAUCAUGUUCAUCUGGUGUGAAGAUUGCAGCCAAUACCAUGACUCCGAAUGUCCUGAGCUGGGCCCAGUGGUCAUGGUCAAAGACUCCUUUGUGCUAAGCAGGGCAAGGUCUUCCCUCCCUCCCAACUUGGAGAUCCGACGGCUGGAAGACGGAGCUGAAGGAGUGUUUGCUGUCACUCAGCUUGUCAAGCGAACCCAGUUUGGUCCGUUCGAGUCCAGGAGGGUUGCCAAAUGGGAGAAGGAGUCUGCAUUUCCACUGAAGGUGUUCCAGAAGGACGGGCACCCUGUGUGCUUUGACACCUCCAACGAGGAUGACUGCAACUGGAUGAUGCUGGUGCGGCCGGCGGCAGAGCCUGAGCACCAGAACCUGACGGCCUACCAGCAUGGCAGCGACGUGUACUUCACCACAUCCAGGGACAUACCCCCAGGGACCGAGCUGCGUGUGUGGUACGCAGCCUUCUACGCCAAGAAGAUGGACAAGCCCAUGCUGAAGCAGGCCUGCUCUGGCAUCCAUGCUGCAGGCACCCCUGAAAACAGCACACCUGUGGAAUCAGAGCCCAGCCAGUGGGCGUGUAGAGUGUGUUCUGCCUCCUUCUUGGAGCUCCCGCUACUGAAUGAGCAUCUCUUGGGUCACCUGGAACAAGCCAAAAGCCUUCCUCCAGGCAGCCAGGCCGAGACCACACCUGAAAAGGAGCUGGACGCACCCCGGGGUGAGCCCCAUGCAGUGCACCAGAGCGAGAGUGUGGGGGCCACCAAAGAGCAGAAGAAAAAGCCUCGAAGGGGAAGAAAACCCAAAGCAUCCAAAACCGAGCAACCUCUGGUCAUCGUUGAAGACAAAGAGCCCUCAGAGCAAGUGGCAGAGAUUAUUACUGAGGUUCCCCCGGACGAGCCUGUGAACACGGCCCCAGAUGAGCGGAUCAUGGAGCUGGUUCUGGGGAAGCUGGCCACCACCACCACUGACACCAGCUCUGUGCCAAAGUUUACACAUCAUCAGAAUAACACCAUCACCCUCAAGAGGAGCUUAAUCCUCUCGAGCAGACACGGCAUCCGGCGGAAGCUCAUCAAACAACUGGGGGAGCACAAGCGGGUCUACCAGUGCAGCAUCUGCAGCAAGGUCUUCCAGAACAGCAGCAACCUGAGCCGACAUGUGCGCUCACACGGUGACAAGCUGUUUAAAUGUGAGGAGUGUGCCAAGUUGUUCAGCCGCAAGGAGAGCCUGAAGCAACAUGUUUCCUACAAACAUAGCAGGAAUGAGGUCGAUGGCGAGUACAGAUUCCGCUGUGGCACUUGUGAGAAGACCUUCCGCAUCGAGAGUGCACUGGAGUUUCACAAUUGCAGGACAGAUGACAAGACGUUCCAAUGUGAGAUGUGUUUCAGAUUCUUCUCCACCAACAGCAACCUCUCCAAGCACAAGAAGAAGCAUGGCGACAAGAAGUUUGCCUGCGAGGUGUGCAACAAGAUGUUCUACCGCAAGGAUGUCAUGCUGGACCACCAGCGGCGGCACCUGGAAGGAGUGCGGCGGGUGAAGAGAGAGGACUUGGAGACUGGCGGGGAGAACCUGGUUCGCUACAAGAAGGAACCUUCUGGAUGCCCAGUGUGUGGCAAGGUGUUCUCCUGCAGGAGCAACAUGAACAAACACCUGCUCACGCAUGGUGAUAAGAAGUACACCUGUGAGAUCUGCGGGCGCAAGUUCUUCCGUGUGGACGUGCUCAGGGACCACAUCCACGUCCACUUCAAGGACAUUGCGCUGAUGGAUGACCACCAGAGGGAAGAGUUUAUUGGCAAGAUUGGGAUCUCCUCAGAAGAAAACGAUGAUAAUUCCGAUGAGAGCGCAGACUCAGAGCCUCACAAGUACAGCUGCAAGAGGUGCCAGCUCACCUUCGGCCGGGGGAAGGAGUACCUGAAGCAUAUCAUGGAGGUGCACAAGGAGAAAGGCUAUGGCUGCAGCAUCUGCCACCGGCGCUUCGCUCUAAAGGCCACCUACCAUGCCCACAUGGUCAUCCACCGCGAGAACCUGCCGGACCCCAACGUGCAGAAGUACAUCCACCCCUGUGAGAUCUGCGGGCGAAUCUUCAAUAGCAUCGGGAACCUGGAGCGCCACAAGCUUAUCCACACAGGUGUGAAGAGCCAUGCCUGUGAGCAGUGCGGGAAGUCCUUUGCCAGGAAGGACAUGCUCAAGGAGCACAUGCGUGUGCAUGAUAACAUCCGCGAGUACCUGUGCGCCGAGUGUGGGAAAGGCAUGAAGACCAAGCACGCACUGCGCCACCACAUGAAGCUGCACAAGGGCAUCAAGGAAUACGAGUGCAAAGAGUGCCAUCGCAAGUUUGCUCAGAAGGUCAACAUGCUCAAGCACUACAAGCGGCACACAGGGAUUAAGGAUUUCAUGUGUGAAUUGUGUGGCAAGACUUUCAGCGAGAGAAACACGAUGGAAACCCACAAGCUUAUCCACACAGUGGGCAAGCAGUGGACAUGCUCCGUGUGUGACAAGAAGUACGUCACUGAGUACAUGCUGCAGAAGCACGUGCAGCUCACACACGACAAGGUAGAGGCGCAGAGCUGCCAGCUGUGCGGGACUAAGGUAUCCACCAGGGCCUCCAUGAGCAGACACAUGCGGCGCAAGCACCCCGAGGUGCUUGCGGUAAGGAUUGAUGACCUGGACCACCUCCCAGAGACCACUACCAUUGACGCUUCCUCCAUUGGCAUCGUCCAGCCUGAGCUGACUCUGGAGCAGGAAGACUUGGCCGAAGGGAAGCACGGGAAAACUGCUAAGCGGAGUCACAAGAGAAAGCAGAAGCCAGAGGAGGGGGCGGGGGCUCCAGUGCCUGAGGACUCUGCCUUCAGCGAAUACGGGGAGAAAGAGACAGGGUUUACGGGCAGUGUGGGUGAUGAGACCAACUCCGCAGUGCAGAGCAUUCAGCAGGUGGUGGUGACCCUGGGUGACCCAAAUGUGACCACUCCAUCGAGCUCUGUUGGCCUGACCAACAUCACCGUGACCCCCAUCACCACUGCAGCUGGGACUCAGUUUACCAAUCUUCAGCCGGUGGCUGUGGGGCACCUCACCACCCCCGAACGCCAGUUACAACUGGACAACUCCAUCCUGACUGUGACCUUUGAUACCGUCAGCGGCUCUGCCAUGUUACAUAACCGCCAGAACGACGUGCAACUCCACCCCCAGCCGGAGGCCUCAAACCCGCAGUCUGUGGCUCACUUCAUCAAUCUGACCACACUGGUCAACUCCAUCACGCCCCUGGGGAGUCAGCUCAGUGACCAGCACCCGCUUACGUGGCGGGCCGUGCCCCAGACAGACGUGUUGCCGCCCCCACAGUCACAGGCGCCCCAGCCGCAGGCAGCCCAGCCCCAGGUGCAGCCUGAGCCGCAGCCACAGAUGUACAGCUAUUGAGCCAUGCUGGGGAACGGAGCAGGGACUGC